AUGGAUUACGCUCUUGAGCAAGUAAUGCUAGCGAUCCGUCACGAUGCUAUUCGACAUCGUCCUCACACAAUAAGAACAUCCUAUCAUGGCAUGGACAUUAACGUCGAUUCGAUUCAAAUCGUCGACUUCCUGGUGCCGAAGUUGGAAGUCGAGCGCCUCAGCGAGACGAAGUUCCGUUUCUUCACUCAUGGUGGUGGAAUGCGUUAUCUCGGUCUCUAUUCCACUGUCUACAAAACCACAAGGGAAGGUCAAUUCGAAGCACUUCUCGACGAUAUUCGGAUCCAACUCGACGUUGAAUUUAGUGAUGAGGAUGAGCACAUCACCGUAACUGAGAAGAAAUGUAGCGCCAAAGUCGAGGAGGUACUGGUACAGCUGACCCCGUCAAUGCCAUCGCAAAUCGUCAAUCUUUUGAGAGAAAGGAUCCAGCAUCGCUUUCAAGAGAAGGUGUGCCCAGCAUUCAUUCACUACGUCGGGAAAGUGGCCAACAUAGUGAAAUCCCUUGCCUCUAUUGAAGACAUCACAACACGAACGGAUGGGCCACUAUCUCCAUGUGUAAUUGAACACGAUCGAGUCGCUACUCGUCUUGAUUCACGUGGAGCAAAACUUUCCUUCAAGCGAACCAUCUCAAGGGAGAAACGAUCCGCUUCCUCCAACAGCAUAGCUGAGCCAGAAAUUUUCGUCAGUGAGAUGGCAUCAGUCUCCGUUACCGAGGACUACAUCAACGAAAUGCUGUACGACCUCACCGAGAGCGGAAACAUCAUUUUCCAUUUGCACAGAAUCCCAGCAAUCCAAGAAGUUCUGCGAACGCGUUGCGAUGACGGCCACUGCCUCGGCGUGUUCGCAGAUCUCGACCGAGUCACAGAUGGUUCAGGACAUCUUGACAGUCGUGUCACCUCUUCACCACGGGUAGAGAUCCUCAACGACCAGGCCAUGCUCCAUCUUUCAUUGGACACCGUAUUAUCUUACGAGAAUCGCGCCGCCCAUCAUCGCAUACCGUACCUUCGCUUCGGAACGGUAAUAUCAAUGCGUAUCACGGAGUUGAACGUAAGCGUCUCCGAUGACGGAUACUACAGAUGGACGGCACGCUACGAUAUCGUUGAACUGAAGGUUGGUGACUACCGUAGUCUGUUGUGGAUUUGUACA